CUAAGUAUGUAUUGCAAUGUAAACAUCCGGUUGUGACUUGUCCGUAAUGCGAUAUUAGGAGCUAGAACACCCAGACAAGCCAUUUAAGACGCCGCCAUGCAACGACCCGAGUACGCGACAAGUGCGGGAAUAAACAUAAGACUCAGAGGACCACACAAUGCCACGCCCCUUCACAACUAUCUGUCAGGUGACGGGAAGUCUCACGUGUAUAUGGGUCCCGCCUACUAUGUUCCCUCAGAAAACCGGUGGAUAAAGUUCCAUGAAUACCGCUCAAUUCCCCGGGAAUCAAAGAGAGAUGCGAUUCUGAUGGAGUCGGAAGACCAGUGGGUAGCCUUCCAAAGGAAGAGGGAUGCCGAAAGUCAUCCAGGAGGAAUCACGAUGUCCGGUAAACCAGAAGCUUUCACCGGAGUUCCGGUCCCUACGUUACUUCCAUGGCGGAAAGAUGCCUGGACCAAAAAUUGGACAGGUUCCGGAUACUUUUUGCCAUCAGGAAACAAAUGGUUCCAUGAUCAGGACUCGCCAGCUAUACCCAGAGAAUCUCUGAUGUUCUAUAACGAGGAGGACUGGAUCAAAUUUAAAUACAUGACAGAGAACCAAUCACUAGCCAAUAAUUAAGUGAUCAUGUGACUUGAUUAUAAAUUUCCAGAAUAACUGUUAAUCUUCAGCAACUGGUUACCCUACUGAGGUUCAAUUGUCUGUCUUUCAUAUUAUAGUCAAUGAUAUAAAUCUAUUAAUUUCUUUA